AUGUCUCCCCCCGGCUCGGCUGCAGGAGAGAGCGGCAGCGGCGGCGGCUGCGGCGGUGGCGGCCCCGGGCCCCUGGAGGAGGCGGCGGCGGCGGCGGAGGGCACCGCCCGAGAGGAGCAGCGCCCAGUGCAGCCCUCCUUCACCAAGUCCCUCUGCCGUGAGUCGCACUGGAAGUGCCUGUUGCUGUCGCUGCUCAUGUACGGCUGCUUGGGGGCCGUGGCCUGGUGCCAUGUCACUACGGUGACUCGUCUCACCUUCAGCAGCGCCUACCAGGGCAACAGCCUCAUGUACCACGACAGUCCCUGCUCCAAUGGCUACGUCUACAUCCCUCUGGCCUUCCUGCUCAUGCUCUAUGCUGUCUACCUCGUGGAAUGCUGGCACUGUCAGGCCCGCCACGAGCUGCAGUACCGCGUGGACGUGGGCAGUGUGCGGGAGCGAGUGGGUCGCAUGCAGCAGGCUACGCCAUGCAUCUGGUGGAAGGCCAUCAGCUACCACUAUGUCCGCCGCACCCGACAGGUCACUCGUUACCGAAAUGGGGACGCCUAUACUACCACGCAGGUCUACCACGAGCGUGUGAACACCCAUGUGGCCGAAGCUGAAUUUGACUACGCGCGCUGUGGUGUCCGCGACGUGUCCAAGGCACUGGUGGGGCUGGAGGGCGCGCCAGCCACGCGAUUGCGCUUCACCAAGUGCUUCAGCUUCGCCAGCGUGGAAGCAGAGAAUGCGUACCUGUGCCAGCGCGCACGCUUCUUUGCAGAAAACGAGGGGCUGGACGACUACAUGGAAGCGCGGGAGGGUAUGCACCUGAAGAACGUGGACUUCCGCGAGUACAUGGUGGCCUUCCCCGACCCGACGCGCCCGCCUUGGUACGCCUGCCAGUCGGCCUUCUGGGCAGCCGCCCUGCUCACGCUGUCCUGGCCUCUGCGGGUGCUGAGCGAGUACCGCACGGCAUACGCCCAUUACCACGUAGAGAAGCUCUUUGGGCUGGAGGGCGGCGGCGGCUCCACCCCAAGCGGUGACGAGUCCCUGCCCCCGCUCACCCAUCGCCUGCCCCGGGUCAACACGGUGGACAGCACGGAGCUGGAGUGGCACAUCCGCUCCAACCAGCAGCUGGUGCCCAGUUAUUCUGAGGCCGUGCUGAUGGACCUGGCCGGGCUGGGAGCUCGCUGCAGCGGGGGGCCCGGCGGGGGCUACGCGCCCUCUUGCCGCUACGGUGGCGUGGGCGGCUCGGGGGCAGCCGGGGCAGCCCCUUACCGCCGCAGCUGCGAGCAUUGCCAGCGCGCAGUCAGCAGCUCGUCCAUCUUCUCUCGCAGUGCGCUCAGCAUCUGCGCCAGUCCCCGGGGCGUGGCUGGGGCCGGGGGUCCAGGGGGCAGCGGAGGCUGUGGCGGGAGUCGUUUCUCCCUGGGCCGCCUCUACGGCUCCCGCCGCAGCUGCCUGUGGAGGAGCCGGAGCGGGAGCGUUAACGACGCCAGCUGCCCCACGGAGCAGACGCGCCUGUCCAGCCAGGCCAGCAUGGGCGGCGACGACGACGAUGAGGACGAUGAAGAUGAAGAGGGGGGACCCCCUCCACCCUACCACGACGCGCUCUACUUUCCCGUGCUCAUAGUACACCGGCAGGAGGGGUGCUUAGGCCACAGCCACCGGCCAUUGCACCGCCACGGCUCCUGUGUGGAGACCUCACUGUGA